GCGCUGGAGGCGGAGAAGAAGAGGCUUGUUGUCAUGGCGGUGUUUUAAACUGUUAUCUGGGAGCUUUAUCUAAAACAAAGCUAAUUUUAACGCAUAUAUUUACUUAUUAUAUAUUAAUUAUAUACUGGGAGAGGGAGACCUAAUAUAACCUGUGUUUUAUUUUGUUUUUCCUUCGCUUAAAUGUAUUUUAAUGUGUUUAAAAGGUAACUGUUACAGGACGCUCUCCGGACUGAGUUAUUAGCCUGUUGACUAAUUAGCUUAGCAUAAGCGCUGCUUCUGGAUUAUAGUAAAUAAUUCUCUUUAAUAAAGUUUUACUGGUUAAAUCUGCAGCUGGUCUAAAGGCGGUAGACUCCCCGGGCGGGUUUAUUAGUGUAUUUAUCUGUAUAAUAAUCUGAAUUAGGAAUAAGGCUGAGUGAAUGAGGAUCAGAGGAGCGCUCAGAUGUCAGCAGCAGAUCCGGAUAAAGAGAGAGGAGAGUGGGUCACUAAACCCAGAGGAACCCGCAGCCCUGGAGCUCCGAACCAGCUGCUGUUUAAUCUAGCCAUGCCGAGCAGUAUCUUUAACAGGGCGAGCAGCGUGGGUCCUCCAGUUCCUAUAGUGAUUGAGAAGCUGGUGUCUGUGAGACAGAGGCAGGAUGAAGUGGAGAGCUGCAGCAGCUCCUUACGGCUCUCAGUCCUGUCUGAGGAGCGUCUGCAGGCGGCCGUGAGACUCGCCAAGAAAGACCUGCAGAGGAAACGGCAGCAGGACGAACUCUCUCUCUCUCCAUCACCUCUGUCCAGAGAAACAUCUCCAACUCAGAAUCACCAGAAUAUGACCGGCAGUCUGCAGAAAACACCUUCCUUUAAAGAAGCUCAGAAUAAAAGAAGUCCUUGGAGGCAGCAGCAGAUGAAGUCCAGCCGCUCACAGGUUCUGGUGUAUACUCCUCAGAAGCUUUCUGUAGCUGCAGGUACAGCACCUGACCACGGUCAGACUCCUCCCACCAGAGACCCUGGCCUGAGGUCCAGCAGCACUCAGCCUCAACUCAGCAGAGAGAUAAACAAGCUGCAGAAAGAGCUCGCCACCUGCAUCCAGAGAGUCGAGCAGCUGGCCAAUAAAGAGCGAAUGUUGGAGGCUGUGGAGCCGGAAGAGAAGCGCAGGUUGGAAAUCCGGCGUCAGGAGCAGACUGCCCGAUCAGCACGGAUCAUCUAUGGGCUACAGCAGCAGGUGAAAGAAAUUCAGGAGGAUAUUGAUAAGCUGCGAUCUCAGAGUACAAAACACACCAAGAAGUCGAGGGCGGUGGAUCGGUUAGCUGCAGCUCAUCGCGGGGCGGUUCGAGCCAUGCAGGCGUUUAUUACCCAGCUGUCGGAUCCUGCGGAGAACCGGGUUCCGGCUCAGUGUAAAGAACUGGGUCAGCUGAUCCGCCAGCUCUCGCUCUGCUCCGCCAAAGUGGAGGUGAGCCAGGGCUCCAACCUGCCAGAGACCACCCUGGACAUACUGCAGAAAUUAGAGACUCUGGACUCGGCUCUCAGUAAGCGGUUGGUUCGUGUGGAGAGGAGCCCACGCCUGCAGAGAUCAUCCCCCACCAGAGAGAGAUCAUCUACAGCCAGAGCUCAGAGCAUCUCCCCUCCUCCUCCUCCUCCUCCUCCUCCAGCUCCUCCAACCCGGACUGCAAAACCUCCUCCAGGAUCGAGGAGAUCAGCACCUCCUAAUAAGCCCCUGUCUGGCAGGAGAUUGGGGGGACGACCCCAGAGAGCAGCUCGGGUCCUGGAGCAGGAGCGCAGUAAAGUUUUGAAGGCUGGGAUUCAGAACCUGGUGCAGCAGAGAGAACAGAAACAAGAGAAGAGAAGCAGAACAGAGCUCCGUAUCACCAGACCAGCCUCUAGACCGGUCUACCAGGAUAAAAACAAGGGUCCUGUUAUUCGGGAUGUUGGGUUCCAGCAGCCGACAGUUUCAUCUAAACUCAGAGAGAGUCAGUUCCCCCAGAGAGAGACUUCUGUACCCUGGAUCCCCACCUCUCCUCAUUCCCCUACUAAACAAAGCAGGACUGUGUCCCGCAGGCCAGAGCCCCGCUGUCUCUUCUCUCCAGGAAAAACCUCCUCACCACAUCCCACAGAUCUGCAGCACCAGGACCCGGAACAAGGAAAGAGCAGGACGCAGCCGGGAGUAACACCGGGAAACAUGCAGCAAGCUCACAAUGAGGCUCUCAGGGAAGCGUGGUUAGAUAGGGUAACUGAGGAGCGUCUGAAGAGUCUGAAUCAGCUCAGUAAGGAGGAAAUGGAGCGAAUUAACAGACUCAGGUCUGAGGUAGAGUCUCCGGCUCUCUGGGCUGAGAGAGCAGAUCUGGCAGCGAGAGAAAGACUUCAGCCUCUGUUAGACUCUCUGCAGCAGGGGGGAGAAAUAAGGAGCAGGAAGGGUUCGUCUCUCAGACAGCGGCUGUCAGAUCAGGUGGCUAAUGAGGCUGCUGAUAAUGCAGGUGUUCUGGAGGAUCUGCUGGAUGAUGGGGUACAGGGGGUUCAGAGGGAGCGUGGAGACGUUGCUGUGGCUCAGAGACUCCUGCAGGAGCCCACGCUGGAGAGCAUGCUGCUGCGCAUGGAGGAAAUGGAGAAAGAUCAGGAGGAAGUGAGGCGACGUUUUGCUAUGAUCUCUUACUCUGAUCCCCUGCUGUGGGAAAAGGAGGAUAAUAGAGCUCAGAGGAACAGAGAUGGUUUCAGACCAGAUCCUCCACAGCCAAUCAGACUCACCAAACCAGUUCAGAGACCCGCCGCUACCGGAGACAUCCUGCUGCAGAGACCUGUGGAGACGGGGAUAAUUUCAGAAAACUCUGUAAUGGUUGAGGAGGCGUCUGAUCCUGUUCCCAGAGAUCCGUUUCCAAACCAAGUCAGAAAGACAGGAGGGAUUCUGCUGACUGUUCCUCCCAGCGUGCAGAACAACAUCCAUAAAUACAGAAAAGCCCAUGAUUCCUACCUGCACCUCGUAUCCCACGAGGCCGUGGGGAGUUUCGACCCCUGGGCCGUUGCUGAGAGUCUGGCGGAGGAGCUGAUGGAGGAGGCGCUGGAGGACGUAGCUGCAGAGUUUCAGUGUGUGUGUGAGGACUACGCUGAGGCCGUCUUCACCUCAGAGUUUCUACAACCAAUCCACUCUCCCCCUGUAUCUGUGUCCUAACACUGCGCCCAAUAGGAACUCUGCUUCAUGGUGCAGUUUUUUUUGGCUGAGUUAAUUUUAUCUUUGUAAAAAGCUUCGAUUUAUUUUUGUAUGAUUUUAUCUGUAUGUGGGAUUCUGGGAGAGAGAUUAUUGUUUAUUUUAGCUACUCAGGGGAUUAAAUCAUUGAGUUUCACAGGGUAUUAGAGCUCUGAGCACAGAUACUCCCACAGACUUUUAUAGCCUGGAUGCAGUUAGAGUGAAAUCUCCAUUUCCCAAGUUUUUACAAAUAUUCUGACACACGGUACUGCAGUGUUUCUUUAUUUGGUACUGGUUCAGUUAACAAAUUCAACCUUAUAAAAGCAGAGCUGUAAACAUUUCUGCAUUGUUAAAACAAAUCAUGCAUCUGUGCAUCAUGUGAACGAUGAAUGUGGACAAACAUAUACAUACAUAUACAUGUGAACAUACAGAGACCAGUUAAAUAUGAGAGUUUCUCUGGAAUAAAAUCAAGAGGAAGAUGGAUGAUCACAAACCAUCAAACCACCAAACUGAACUGCUUGAAUUUUUACACCAGGAGUAAAGCAGCAUAAAGUUAUCCAAAAGCAGUGUGUAAGACUGGUGGAGGAAGAGAACAUGAUGCAGAGAUGCACAAAAACUGUGAUUAAAAACCAGGAUUAUUCCACCAAAUAUUGAUUAUUUCUGAACUCUUAAAACUUUAUGAAUAUGAACUUGUUUUCUUUGCAUUAUUUGAGGUCUGAAAGCUCUGCAUCUUUUUUGUUAUUUCAGUCAUUUCUCAUUUUCUGUAAAUAAAUGCUCUAAAUGAGAAUAUUUUUAUUUGGAAUUUGGGAGAAAUGUUGUCUGUAGUUUAUAGAAUAAAACAACAAUGUUCAUUUUACUCAAACAUAAACCUAUAAAUAGUAAAAUCAGAGAAACUGAUUCAGAAACUGAAGUGGUGUCUUCGUGUUUUACAGAGCUGUAGUUUGUAAUGUACUGUGUGGAACAUGUAAACUCUGAGCUCAGAAUAUUAAAUGAAUGUGUUUGAGACGAGA